AUGAAUACUACAAUACCAUCAAUAUUCGUUCUUUUCGUUGCAUUUUUUACCGUUUGUUCAUCAAAAUUUAAUGUGAAUGAAUGCUUAAAAAGUAAAGCCUGUAUAUUUAUUUCGAGACAAUGUGAAGAGAGAGGAGAUUGUGAAAAAAUUAUUAGUUAUGCAACACAGUCAGAUGAUUGGGUAGUAGUGGAAUUGUUUUACAAUACAACAUAUCCGGAUACUAAUUAUGUAGCCAUCGGCUUCUCUGAAGAUACUCUAAUGGGCGAUGAAGGUGUAACACACUGUGGCUUUGGUGAAAUGAAUCAAGCAGGUGUAUUUUUAUCUCAAAAUGAUGGAAAACAUAAUAUACCAUUAAAUUUAACAACAAAAAAUGUUGCAAAAUACGUAGAAUUAUUAGAAGCCACUCAUACAUCAAGUUCAAUUUAUUGUAAAUUUCGACAAAAAAUUGCUCCAGAUGAAAUAGCUCAAAAAGCUUAUGUACCAGAUCUGAACCAUACUUAUUAUUUGCUUUUAGCGUAUGGAAAAACUAGCAAAUAUGAAGUGAUGGAUGUUCACUCGCUGGAUGAACAUUCUAAGGAUUUUCCACUCUUUGUUCCAACACCGAUAAAUGUUGCUGCGUGGAAGGAAGUACCACAGGAACUAGUUAAGCUACCAUCGAAUCGUAAAUUGAUUAUUUUACAUGGGAUUCUAAUGCUUGUAGGAUGGAUGUGGUUGAUUCCUUCAGCAGUUGCAGCAGCACGAUAUCUUCGAGAACAUUGGCCUGAAAAUAAACCAUUUGGUUUAAAAAUAUGGUUUCAUAUACAUCGUACGACGAAUUAUGUAGCAAUCGUUAUAAUUAUUAUUGGUAUUUUGUCAGUAUUUAUUGGAAAACAAUGGCGAUGGACCGGACCGACAAUCAAUAAAACCCUUAAACGAAAUCUUUCUGCUGGAGGAAUUCAUUCCAUUAUUGGUGCUGUAAGCGUUGGUAUACUGUUAAUUCAACCAGUAGGCGCGUUCCUACGUUGUGAUGAAGGAUCGAGAUCUCGUGUCGUGUUUAAUUGGUUCCAUCGCUUAUUUGGUUUUUUAUCUUUAUUACUGGCUCAAGCUUCAAUCAUUUUAAGUGUCAUUUUUUUCCAUCUCUGGAUAGUCAGAUGGGGUGCUAUUGUUCUCUACAUAGCUUACCUUAUUUUGAUAGCACUUCUACUUUUCCUCAUAAAGAAAAUAAAUUCCCUGAAAAGAUAUCAAAGUACAUCAGUUUCCUAUUCUGGACGACAGUAUCAGCGGGAACAAAUUAUCAUAACAAAAACAAAACACGAUGAUAAGAGCAACAGAUUAACAGCACUGAUUGUGCUGGCAUUUAGUGCAAUGGGCGCGUUAAUCACAAUUAUAAUGACGGCAUUGAUGAUAGCAACAAUGUGA